AGAACUACAUUUCCCAUAAUUCCAUGUCUCCAAAAUGCCAAUAAAAAAUGUUAAAUCCUUCCUCCCGCAAAACACUUUAAAAAAAAAAAAAAAAAAAAAAAAUCACUUUCUAUUCCGUUGUAUCGUAAUCAGUGUAAUGAUACAUGUCAGUAAUAGUGGAUUUUAAAAUCCCAUCGCUGUUCUGGGGUGAAAGGUUAGAGGUUGGCGGGAGAGAGGAACAGCUGGGGUUCUGUUAUUGUAACAGGGAAGUUAUUAUUGGUUAACUGAUUAAACUCGCAAUUUGGGAGCUAAAAAAUUAAUCAAAAUACAGUACGUUGUGUAAAAACAUUUUGAAUUGUAAGAGUGAAUGUAGUUUUAUUUUCUUGCAGUAACUGUACAAAUGUGGAAAUGUAAAUACAAAAUGUAUUUAUUUAAUUUGUAAACGUGGAUUUUUAAAUAGGAAUAUUGUUGUAAUUACUAGUGAUGUAUACAAAUAUUGUUGAUUUAAAAAAAAAAAAAAAUCACAGACAUUAUGAGGAAGAGCGAUGGUGUUUUUAGGUAACUUGUAGUUCAUAAGAAAUGAUGGCUCCAGUGAAGAUUAAACACGUGGUAUCAUUCAGUUCCCAGGACCCCAAGCAUAGUGUGGACACUCUGCUGGCCAAGGAGGCUGUGCGGCCCUGGCUUUGUGCCCCCAAAGAUCACAGCGGUUUAAUGAAGGUUGAGCUACAGCUGGAAAGGGCCAGUGCUAUUGGAUACAUUGACAUAGGAAACUGUGGGUCUGCGUUCAUCCAGAUUGAUGUGGGGCGCUCCUCGUGGCCACAGGACCAGCCGUACAUGACUCUGCUGCCCACUGCCACGCUGAUGAGCCCUUCAGAGUCCAGACAGGGCACCAACCGCACCGGUGUGCGCAUGUUCAAGGAAGGUGAUUUCCUCUCUCAAGGGGAUGGCGAGCUCUGGGACCGGGUUCGAGUGACCUGCAGCCAGCCUUUCAACAAGCGUGUUCAGUUCGGCCUGUCCUUCCUCCAAAUCCGAACCCCGCUGGACCAGAACGAGAACGAGGUGCUGUCUGACGGCACAGAGACCCAGGUGUCUCCAGGCCAACUGGGAGCAAGCCAGGCAAGAGAGUGGCUUUCCAGCCCAACUAUCCAGAGUACCUUCUUUGGACAAACACAGGGUGGAUGUUCCGCAGAGACGGUGCAGGCUAGACUGCAGCGAGUGGACCCCAGUUCAUGCGUGCGGUUUAGAGACAGAGUCUGUCUCAGCCGAUCGGCCCGCAUGGUGAUUUCAGCGUCGCAGUCCAAGAGACGCCCACCUGCAUGUCCCUCAACAGACACUGCCUCCUGCAGUGAGGGAGGACAUCUUGAAGGGACCAAGCAAGCAACAAAACAAAGCCACACAGAUCCAGAAAGUAAGGUUGCUGAUGUCACUCCUGCUGUGGCAACCAGAAAGAGACCAAUCAAGCGGAGGUGUCCCCGGGGCUCUGCAGGAAGCAGGUCUACUCAGUCCAGGACCUCUGGUGUCGCCAAGAGGCAGAGGACUGUGUCUGACAAGGGAACAGCUUCACCCCCUAUUAUCAGUGGGACCCCAGAACUCCCAAUUGAGAGUGAUGUGGAGACCGGAGUUCCUGAAAGCUGUUGUCCCAUUUGUGGAGAUCGCUUCAGCCUGGAUUACCUACCUGUCCAUGCCUCAUCCUGUCAGGGUGAUGAGUUUCCAGUCCCCCUUGAUGUAGAAAGCAGCUACGGGCCCACGCAAAGUCCACUGCGUAGCUCCCCUGAGAAGUUGCCCUGCCCACUGUGUGGCUUCCAAUACCCCCUUUCUGAGAUUGAGCUCCACGCCAGCAACUGCGGAGAACUAACCUACCCCAGUGGGAUCUGGAUAGACUGAAACCAGGCCUGAGAGAACUGUGCGCAAAAACGCAAGAAGUCCUUCCGCAGUCAAACACAACUCGGACGCGUCUUUUCUGGGACUGCAAUGGUGUAAACACUGGCUACAGCAGCAAUACAAGAAAUUGAGAGAGACUCGUGGAAUAUGUUCCAGAAUAAUAAAAAAAACACAUUAGCUGUGUUUAUUAUUAUUAUUCAUAUGAUUUCAAUAGGAAAAGCAUACACUGUAAUUGAUCAUUCAUGCUUUUAAAAAAGAUAAUCCAGCGAUUUUAUUUAUAAAUCAUGUUAUGCCCUGAAGAAUAUAGGGGAGGCCAAUUUAACUAUUUUGAGUAUCUCAGUAUCUAGGUCAUAUCUUCAUAUCGGUCAAAAAAAAAAAAUAAUAAUAAUUUGAUACUGCUGAUUUCUUGAACAGCACUUGUCUCCAGUAACUUGGAAGGGGAUUUAUGUUCUUGUUAAUUUGCAACACUUCACAUUGAGUUCAGUGCAGUAAACUCAUAUAUGAAGGGUGAUCCUGCUGAAUGUUCUGCAAAUUGUUCUUGUGUUUCCAGAAGAUUAAAUGUGGCAGUUACUGCAAUAGUUGGCUUGAAGAAAGAGUAGCAUGUUCUGCUGUUAGAAUUAAACUUGGAUCGUGUAAAAACUUACCCUCUCAGUGAUCUUAAAUCCUGGAU